AUGUUUGAAACAAUGCUGAACCAACCUACUCAAGUAGAAGUGGAAGAAAACCUCAACACGGUUGAACAGAGAUUAGACGAACCCACGUUAGAAGAAGUAGAAAGGGCAGUAAAUAUGUUGAAAAAUAGGAAAUCACCAGGGGAAGACGCAAUUGUUGCAGAACUACUGAAAGAAGGAGGAAAAGAACUAAUGACACGACUGAAACGACUAGUAGAUAAUAUAUGGAAACAAGAAGAAAUACCAGUAACAUGGCACGUGUCAGUUCUAUGCCCGGUUUACAAGAAAGGAGACGCUAUGGUUUGCCAGAAUUACAGAGGAAUAUCCUUACUAAACACUUGUUACAAAUUAGUUUCGAACAUCAUACUGAACCGUAUCAAGCCAUACACAAGGGAAAUAAUAGGGGAAUAUCAGGCAUAUGACUCCGUAAAUCGAGGUAGAUUAUGGAAAGCAAUGACCCAACUCGGAAUCCCUACAAAAUUGGUGAGAUUGAUAAAGACAUGUGUGCAAAAGUCCAAGUGUAUAGUUAAGUUCAACGGAGAAAUAUCUGAAGAUUUCUCAGUUGAAACAAGUCUUAGACAAGGAGAUGCAAUAUCCCCCACAUUAUUUAACAUAGCCCUAGAAUCGGUAGUGAGAGAAGUACUUGAUGAUGAUGUCACGGGCCUAAGAAUUAGAGGAGGACACCAAAUCACACUAGCUGCGUAUGCUGAUGACAUAAUAAUUAUGGGAGAAACCGAAGAGGACCUAAAACGGUCGGCAGAAAAACUAAUAAGUAAGGGAAAAGAGAUUGGACUACAAGUUAAUGAAGGAAAAACGAAAUACUUAAUAGUAUCACGUAGAGAACAAGUACAAAAUUCACCUAUAGUAUUGUAUGCUUGUGGAGCAUGGGCAUCAACAAAGUCGGACGAGAAAAGAUUACUACUAUUUGAAAGGAAAAUACUGCGAAGAAUUUAUGGACCCAAAAGAAACGAGGAAAAUGUAUAUGAACGAAGAACUAAUGCAGAAUUAAGGGCAAUGUUCAAUGAGCCUAACAUAGUGGGAAUACUUAAAAGCAGACGAAUAAGCUGGGCCGGGCAUGUAUGGAGAGCGGAGGGCCAAACAGUAUAUGAUGUCACAAUGUGGAAACCAAAUAAAAAACGACCGAUAGGAAUGCCAAGACAGCGAUGGACAGACCGGGUUAAAGAAGACCUCAAGCUCCUGGGGAUUAGAGAAGAAGAACAACUGGCGAAGAAUAGAGAAUUGUGGAGAGGUGUAAGCACUGCUAUCUGUUAUACAGACAAAAUAUUGGAUUUAAUAACAGAUCCAACUAUACCAACCAAUGCAGAAAACACCUUGAAUAUAAAAAAGGAUGAUUGUUCAUUAACGGUUAAGACACCUGUAGAUAAUACGGCUGUAGAUUACUGGACUAUAGCACAUUAUAAAUGUGCUAAAAUUGCUAAUGUUGCUCUGAAAGAUAGAUGGAAGCAUGCUGAAUGCUCACUCAAAAUAUCUUUAACAGGACAGCAUCCGGAUGAUUUAACUACAGCCAUAGAAAUGGUUACGCUCAUUCAAUCUGUUUUCGACAAAAUGAUACGACAUCCCACCAAGAAGCUUCUCAGACACAGACCAAAAAAAUAA